GGUAAUAUUUUAGUGUCAGAUGAUUACAAUGAAUUAUUUAUUAUUGAUUUAGGAUUAUGUAAACCUGUAAGUGAUUUACAAGAUUCUGGUAAUAAUAAUAAUGAAAUUUAUGGAGUUUUACCUUAUAUGGCACCUGAAAUAUUAAGAAGAAACCCCUAUACUCCAGAAAGUGAUAUUUAUAGUUUCUCAAUGAUAAUGUGGGAAUUUACAUCAGGCAUCCCUCCAUUUAACCAUGAAUCACAUGAUCAUGACCUUAUCUUAAGUAUUUGUAAAGGAGAACGACCUGAAAUUAUAAAAAAUACUCCAAAAUGUUAUAUAGAUUUAAUGAAAAAAUGUUGGGAUUCAGAUCCUUCUAAUAGACCAACUAUAACAAUGCUUGAAAACAUUAUAUCUGAAUGGAUUAAAUGUAUUAAUGAAUAUUAUAAAAUAAACAGUGAUAGAAAUUUUGUCUAUGAAAUACCUAAUAUUAAUAAUCAAUUAAAAAAUGAUAUGUUUGAAUUUGUAAAGGCAAAUGAAGCUUUAGUACAAGCAAAUACUUCUAUUAUACAAUCUCAUUCACAAGCAUAUUAUACAAGUCGAAAACUUACU